CGUAUAACGUUCCUCGAGUCUAAAAUGUGCAAUAUCGCAACAUAGAGCGUCCUGGAGCUUUCUAGCAAGAACCUUCAACAAGCAUUCGCGCGUGUCGUUUCGCUUUAUUGCACGCUUUCGUAAAUCUGGACUCGCUCUGGAGAAAAAGGGGCAAUCCAUGGAGACACUGGAUAGCUUUGUCAGGCGACUGGUUGGGAUUAUACAUUGAAUUGAAAGGAAACUCGUUAAACCAUCGAACAUUUAAAGAAGAAACGAGCAAAACGUUCCUACCGCAACUCUGAAAGUGACGUUUUUGUUUACAAGUUGGGGCCUUGGCCUCCGAAACUCCAGACAUGGCGGAGCAAGAGCAAACAUUUGGCCUCCCAAGUUCGCCCAGCAAUUCGGAUUCAAAAGAAUUAAACACGGAGACUAAAGCGGAAAAACAAAAUGGAACUUCAACCAAAUCUCCGUCCUCCCAGACAACCUAUAUUCAACAGGGAAUGGAAGGUAUCAAAGUGUACCUGCACGAGAGGGAUCUGUGGGCGAAGUUCCACGAGGUGGGGACGGAGAUGAUCAUAACCAAAGCUGGAAGGCGAAUGUUUCCCAGCUUUAAAGUGAAGGUUACGGGACUGAACCCUAAAACUAAAUACAUCCUGCUCAUGGACGUGGUGCCAGCUGAUGACCAUCGCUACAAAUUCGCAGAUAAUAAAUGGUCCGUGACAGGAAAGGCCGAGCCCGCCAUGCCCGGGAGGCUGUACGUUCACCCGGACUCUCCCGCCACCGGCGCGCACUGGAUGAGGCAGCUCGUCUCGUUCCAGAAAUUGAAACUGACGAACAACCACCUGGAUCCGUUUGGACACAUUAUCCUGAACUCGAUGCAUAAAUACCAGCCCCGGAUUCACAUCGUUAAAGCGGAUGAAAACAACGGGUUUGGAUCUAAAAACACUGCGUUCUGCACCCACGUCUUCCCUGAGACAGCCUUCAUCGCAGUCACGUCCUAUCAGAAUCACAAGAUAACACAGCUGAAGAUUGAGAACAACCCGUUUGCCAAAGGCUUCCGUGGGAGUGAUGACAUGGAGCUGCACAGGAUGUCCAGAAUGCAAAGUAGCAAGGAAUACCCGGUGGUGCCCCGCAGCACGGUGCGCCAGCGCGUGGGCCCCAGCCAGAGCCCCUUCAGCGGGGAGGUGCAGGGCGUGGCCCCCCCCCUGGGCUCCCAGUACUCCCACUGUGAGAACGGGGUGACCAGCACCUCCCAGGACCUGCUGCCCCAGGCCAGCUCCUACCCCCAGGAGCACAGCCAGGACUACCACUGCAUCAAGAGGAAAGUGGAGGAUGACUGCCACUCAGGUGAGCACAGCUACAAGAAAGCUUACCUGGAGAGUUCCUCCAGCGAGGACGACCAUUACUAUCGGCCCAUCAGUUACCCCCAGACCCUGGGGCUCCCCGGCGCCCCCUACAGGAGUGAGGCGGCGCCGCGGCAGGCCUGCAUGUACGCCAGCUCCACCCAGGGCUCGGAGCUCGUCCCCAGCCUGGAGGACAUCAGCUGCAACACCUGGCCGUCCGUCUCGCCCUAUGGAGCCUGCUCGGUCGCCACCAUGCAGCCAAUGGAGCGCCUUCCCUACCAGCACUUCUCCGCCCACUUCACCUCCGGACCCCUGGUGUCCAGACUGGGCGGGGUCACAGGCCACGCCUCCCCGCAGCUGGGUGACGCCCACCACGCGAUGUACCAGGGUUCCAUGUCCCAUCAGGCCUUGGGGCGGCAGUGCAGUCCUGGGGGCGCCAUCCAGACGCCCCCCGGCGCCGGUCUCCAGGGCAACGAGUACCUGUACUCUCACGGCCUACCUCGCACGCUGUCCCCGCACCAGCAGUACCAUGCCGUGCACAGCGUCAGCCUGAUGCCUGACUGGAGCGAGAACAGCUAG